AUGGCGCCGUCUUCGCCCUUUCCGAAAUCCUCACUACCUUCAUCACCGGAUUCGCGGAGUAUCAGUCUACCAGAAGCCGCAUACGAGGGAGCCAUAGCCUCCAGUUGCAAGCUGCCAGAACGAGAUAAGGAGCUAUGGUACGCCCGCGGUGACCUGGUGCUGAUAGCUCAAGGUAUUGAGUUCCGCGUCUUCCAAGGACCCAUCGUCGAUCAAUCGAACAUCUUCAGGGACAUGAUUGGCCUGCCACAGCCUGCCACUCCACAUGGCAUCCCUGUCGAGAGCGCCAGUACUUCUUACAUCACCUUGCAUCUUACGGACUCAGUAGAGGACCUGCGACACUUCCUCCGAGUCUUCGUCGGGAAGAGCGUGUGCUUCGGCGGGCUGGAUCCAACCUUCCACGAGAUCUCCGCCCUGGUCCGCCUGGGGGACAAAUACGAGUGCGAGGCGAUCAUCCAGCGCUGCGUAGCUUACCUGAAGCGCUUCUACCAUGACGACUUCGAUAUGUGGCGAGAUGACGAGCACGUAUUCAGUCCACCCGUUUUCGAGAAGAUCCAUGCGAUCGGCGUUGUCAACCUCGCACGACUCACACACACGGACGUCAUCCUCCCCGGGGCACUAAUGGCGUGCUGUCUCCUAGGCGCCGAGAUAGUCGACGGGUUCAUGCGCGAGGACGGCACACCUGAAAUGCUCUCAUCAGCAAAAGUGUAA